AUGCUAACACGAGGCCUCACGCAGGAGCUCAGCGACAUCCAAAAGGGGUCCGACCUCGCCAUCGCGGUCGCCUGCCGAGACAUCGAUGUUCGAAACAUCAAGGCCUUGAUCGUCGGUCCACAUGAGACCCCUUCGCCAUUCGUUUUCAUAAAGAGUAUCCUUCCAAGGCACCGAACGUGCAAUGCGUCACAACAAACAAAGGGCAAUGCAGAUUUAACCCCAACAUAUACGCCAACGGCAAAGUUUGCUUGUCGAUCCUCGGGUAAUGGACCAGGCUUCCACAUUCUGCUUUCACGCCGUGCCCCCACAGAAUCUAACCUGCUCGGUAGGACAUGGCGCGGGGAGCGGUCGGAAGAAUGGUCCUCUGCUCAGGGUUUGGAGUCGAUUCUCUUGUCCAUUCAGAGUCUUCUUUCGGCAAACCCAUACGAGAAUGAGCCUGGUUUCGAGGAUGCAAAUGGGGAAUCCGACCAGAAGAUGCAAAGGGAAUACGUUCAAAAAAUCCGUCACGAGAACUUGCGCAUAUCCAUCAUACAGCGACUAGAGAGUUACCUCGGCCUUAACCCGGACGGCUCCAGGAUCAGCAACGAUGCCAAGGAGGCGGAGGAGAGCGAGGUCCCGUUUGAGCCCUUCAAGGAUCUCUGCAAAAGGCGAUUCCUCUGGUACUACACGUCGUAUCUCACUGCGAUAGAGAGGAGCAAGCUGGAGGUAAAGGAGCGGCAGGCGUUCGUACGAAUGCCCUUUGAGUCGCAGUUUCACAAUUCCAUGGAAGGUCGCUUCAACUAUCCGGAGCUCGAACGCAGGUUGAAGAACAUCAAGGCGUUUCUCGACGCAGAACCCAACGUAUGGGCCGAGGAAGGCGUAGCGGCGAUGGCUCAGGAGACGACCGUCUGCGUGAACCUGCAACAUCAGUUUGAGCAGGUCUCGGCGGCCUUGAAGCGCGGCGAUAUGCCGCACGAUGUAACGCUCGAGGAUGGAAAUCCAUUCGUGUGGAUCAUCACAUACUUUGGACGGCCCAUGACCAACCUUGACGGAGGGCUGUUCCGCAUCAGGAUGAACUUUAGUCCCCGCUUUCCCGACGAACAACCUCGAGUCCGGUUCGAGACGAGGAUAUUCCAUCAUCACGUAGCCGACGACGGCACCGCCUGCUACAGCCCCAAUCCGUUGAAGAGAGAGGACAUCGGGUCCCACAUCGCCGCCAUCUUCGCCGUGCUGGAGGAGGACGACCCGGCCUAUGACCCCAGAGAGAUUGUCAACCCGGAGGCCACCCGCAUGUACUGGGGCGGCGACGCCGAGAAGAGGAAGAUGUACAACCGUCGUCUGCGCCGGUCGGUACAGCAGAGUCUAGAGUCAGCAAGCCGCCUGCCCGUGCGAUUCCCCGCUUGCAAAUCCACUGACUGGCCGCAGGGAUUUUCCGGAAUAGAUUUGGCUGCAGACGCGGCAUCCGCAGGUUUCACACGUGAAAGGAAGUGCAUGCAGAUAGAUACCAUUUGA